CAUAACAGUGUCCAUGGUUUGUGCGACAACAAGGCAAGCCUAAAGCUACAUUCCAAUUCCAACUGCUCCAAGAUAUUGAUCACUGAAAUGGCAUCACAUAUGCAUAAUGAAAUUUGGAAAAUAAUGGCGGCCAUGUACUCCACACCCAGCAAGCACUCGGACGUUCUCUUUCUAGUAGAAGGAAGAAGACUGUAUUUCUACAAACAGCUGUUGUGUCUGGUGUCGCCUGUGUUCAAAUCGAUGCUGUGUUUAGAUUUCAAAGAAAAGAAAACACGUACAGUCAAUCUGGAGGGGAAACGUUUUACAGAUAUCGUGAUCUUACUGGCGUGGAUUGAUCCGGCUUUAGCAUUUAAAAUAGAUGAAUACAGAGCAGAAACUCUCUUACCUCUGGCAGACGAGUAUGAUAUCACCAAUCUGAGACAAACGUGUGAAAACGUCCUCUGCGAUUGUUCGCCAAACGUUGACGCGAACGUCGUUCUCAGGUACCUAAAACUUGCUGAACAACUUAACUUGAAGAACCUCACCCAGAAAGCUAUAGGUAGAGCGGCAGAACUGAACCUAACAGUCGAAGAGGCUACUGAUUCAACAUGUACGGCCAUAAGCGACUCAACGCUGGCAGCACUUUUGGAAAAACGUGUCCAGGCCAAAGAAAAAAGAAAUUAUUUUGGUAUGGGAAUUAUAAGGACAUCUACUCAAUUGAAAGUCACCACUCCACUGAUAGAAUGUAACACUAAUAGUAGAAAAACUGCUAAUCAGUCCAAAUAUUCUGCUUUCACUGGUCUCACUGAUGUAACUAUUAUCGUGGAUGGGAAGCGACUCUACUUCUUCAGUGACAUACUUCGUCGAACUUCGUCAUGGUUCGCCGAGAAACUGGACGAAAUCAGCGGAAAAGGGAAAAUAUCACUGGAUUUUGGAAGUUAUAAUGAAAUUUCAACAAUGUUGGAAUUCUUGGAUCCUACAAAACUAGAUACACAUUUUGUCAAUGUGAGAACUACCCUUGGACUGUUCCUGUUGUCUCUCGAGUACGACAUCACAGUUUUACACGAAGCUUGCGAGAUUUAUCUGAAGACAAAUAUUUCACAGUUUGACGAACACGACCUGACUCGGUGCAUUCUACUGGCCGACAGGGGGCAGUGCUCAGAGCUGAUGACAACAGUCAUGAGAGAAACAACACGUUACACGUUACCCAAGUUAAAAGCCACCGAGUCGUACAAAAAACUGUAUUCGGAUACUCGUUUAAACCUUCUGAAGUUCAAAGUAGGAGAUAUUAAUUGACUGCGUAUAACACAACUGGAAUGUAACAGCUGAGGUGUCUUGGUGAAGCCCACACAGUUCUAUGUUAGUAAGCAAGGGAAAAGGUAAAAUAAAAACACCAUGUGGAAUAAUAUUAAUCACAUAAGACAUUUAAGAGUCCAGGUAUUUGAGUAAAACAUGCUGCAGCCAUCAGAUGUUUAUGAACAUAGCUACAUAUACGCAAUGUACUCGGUGCAGGAAACAUUUCAAACUCUUGAUUAGGGAAAACUGUUUAUUGUUUUAAAAUUGUGUAGUGAUCUCUGGAACUUGCGUCAGUAGACCUAUACGUUUUGCUUGAACACAUAUUUUAAAUUCUUUGUAAAAAAAUAUAUUGCACAAGAACUUCAGUGCUGUAUUAUGCUUUUCCGAGUGCAGGAGUCUGUUUCUCACAACAUCUAGUUUCUAGAACUGAAGGAUAACUGAUGGAGAGUGGCUUAGCCCCUGCAUCCUUCAGAUCUACACCAUGCCCAACAUUGAGUACGCCAUUUCAAAAGCUUACCUACGAUCUGGUGUUUACAUCACAUUCAUUAAUAAAUGAUCAAAACGUA